UAACCUUCUCCACGUCCAAACGCACCAUUAUAUGCCGGUACAGGCACGAGCUGCAAAAUGGCCCACCCGGCGUUGCUCCACUCGCACUCGGUGCUCCCUUCCACGAGCCCAGCCCGCGGCCGCCGCCACUGCGCCUCCCAGCCGGCCCCUUUAUUCCCCGGCUCGCGCCGUCGCCGCCGCAACCGCCCCGCUCUCCGCCCGAUGGCCUCGUCGACGGCCCAGGCGCCUCCGGGGCUGAAGGAGGGCAUCGCGGGGCUCUACGACGAGUCGUCAGGGGUGUGGGAGAGCAUCUGGGGCGACCACAUGCACCACGGCUUCUACGACUCGGGGGAGGCCGCGUCCAUGGCCGACCACCGCCGCGCCCAGAUCCGCAUGAUCGAGGAGGCCCUCGCCUUCGCCGCCGUCCCAGAUGACCCCGCGAAGAGACCCAAAACGAUAGUCGAUGUAGGCUGUGGCAUUGGUGGUAGCUCACGGUACCUGGCGAAAAAAUACGGAGCACAAUGCAAUGGCAUCACGUUGAGCCCUGUUCAGGCCGAAAGAGGAAAUGCUAUCGCUGAGGAUCAGGGAUUGUCGGACAAGGUUUCUCUCCAAGUCGCUGACGCUUUGGAGCAACCGUUUCCUGAUGGGCAGUUUGAUCUUGUUUGGUCCAUGGAGAGUGGCGAGCACAUGCCGGACAAACGAAAGUUUGUUAGCGAGCUGGCACGCGUCGCGGCUCCUGGAGCGACAAUAAUCAUUGUGACAUGGUGCCAUAGGAACCUUGAGCCGUCUGAAAGCUCUCUGAAACCUGACGAACUGAAUCUCUUGAGGAGGAUAUGCGAUGCAUACUACCUCCCCGACUGGUGCUCACCUUCUGACUAUGUGAACAUUGCCAAAUCACUGUCUCUCGAGGAUAUCAAGACGGCUGACUGGUCAGAGAACGUGGCCCCAUUUUGGCCGGCUGUUAUCCGAUCGGCACUGACAUGGAAAGGCAUAACCUCCCUGCUAAAAAGCGGAUGGAAGACGAUAAGGGGGGCGCUGGUGAUGCCGCUGAUGAUCGAAGGCUACAAGAAAGGUCUCAUCAAGUUCACCAUCAUCACCUGUCGCAAGCCCGGAGCAGCAUAGAAGGAGAAAUUCAUGUCCUCCAUUCAAUUCAAUAACGCAGAUUCUUGGCAAGAAAGAAGCCACGCCAUUGUGACUGAUUUAUCGUGUAAAACAAUCAACAGACCUAGCGCAGGGUUACGGUAGUGUUUAGUUGGUUGUACGUGUUUUGAUCUAAUAACAGUAUAAAUUAUAGCCCUAGCAUUAGGUUUUACCUUAA